AUGUCGGCCUCCAUCCAACCUUCAUCUACAAUCCUUCUCCCCGAGCUUCCUCCAAAGACACUGGUUGGGAUCGAUCUAAUAACCUUCACCUCAACGGCCAAUUUUCAUGGUAUCAAGGACCUCCCUAAUGGAUGGCACUUUCUCUAUACAGGGACCACGGAGAGUCUCUCACUUCGUUCCGGAGCUUGGUUCUACGUCGGCGACGUCACAGCGACUCAACACGAAUACAAAGAGUUAUCACUCGUACCACAGAAACAGAAACACAGUGAACAGUCCAAGCCAGAGAUCUUGAUCUGGAAAUGGAAUACAGACACAGAGUCUCUGGCUUCAUUGCGAAGUGAAAGUGAUUCAGACUCCCAAGAAGCCAUGCGGUACAAAGCCAAUCUCGGCGCGAUCUGGCAAAGUGGAGGUUUAUUUCAGUUUCGAAGCCGUGUUCCUAAAUCAAGCACGACAGAUAUAGCUCAGACUUCAACACAGAGCGAAGUGACAUUGAUUGAUGAUGAUGACGAAACCGAAGCAAGCGGACGUGCAGACUGGCGACGUCUUACUGAUUGCAUAACGCCCAAUGUCUUAAUGCGCAUCAUCGGCCCUCCGAAUAUCGACGUUGAUGCUCGCUCGCGGUGGAUGGUUACCUCAGCUAGCACGGCUGAUUGUGAUGCGGACAAUAUCCCUGGACUUGAUCCCCAAAGAGUAGACAAAGACGGUGUUCCCAGAACGACUGGCGAACAGGAACGAGAUAUCUGGUUCCUUCCGAUUGAUCUGAAACACACUUGGCCAGCUGGUGCUAUUGGACGUGAAAGGACAGAAGCUGCUCAAGAUAGAUCUUGGGCAUUGGGGAGUCUUAUCCACCGGUUAUCCCGUGCGGUACAUCCUGUUACAGGCGAGCCUUCAUUCGAUGAGGAACAGGCCGAGAGGGAUUUUCUUGGAGAGGUGCAAUUCACGUUCCUGAUGGUGCUGACUAUGAUGAAUUACUCGUGUCUGCAGCAAUGGAAACGCAUGCUUGAACUCGUUCUAACUUCCCGUUCUGCUAUUGUGGAUAGGGAACCGUUCAUGGCUGAAUUCCUGGCUCUACUACUACGACAGCUUCAACGGUGUGACGAUGUUGAGGGUGGGCUCUUUGAGAUGGAUGGAGAUGACGGUGGUGCAUUCCUUCGUGAUCUGCUCAAGAAGUUCCGACGCCUCGUUUACCAAAUUCUUGAAGAUGAUUCAACAUCUAGGGUUAAACAAGAGCUUUCAAAUUUAGAAAAAUGGCUGAAAGAGGAAUAUGAUUGGGAAUUGACGCAUGAGGUAUUCGUUAAGCGUGGUAUGGUUCGUCUUGAGGACGGGGAAGAGAUUGAGCUCGACAUGGAGGAUAACGACGAAGACGAGGAGACUGGCGAGUAUGCACCGAUGGUCGUCGAUUCUGAGGAGACCAUGCUUUAA